GGGCUGGACUGCUACUCGUCCUGGCCAUGUGCAUUGCAUUGCUCUCAUGCUACAGCUGUUUCGUUCCGGCACCUGGUCGAUGGGGCAACGCUGGCUUAGCCGCAGGUGUGCUUCUGCCAAGCCUAGCAAACGCACAAGAGGACCAGGGCGCUGUGGCUGCAGGCAACGCUAAGGACCUGGUUGAGCAGUGGAGGGCGUUCUCCGCCAACCCAGACCAGUUCCAGCCAUCGGCUCUGGAUCCAGAUGCCCCGGACUGGCAGCUGGGUACAUUGACUGGACGAGCUGAUCAGGAGCAGGUCUUCUUGAUCCUUGGAGCAGUGGGACUUGCCGCCGCCUUCACCGUAGCCUUCAUCCUUCCUGACCCUAAGGAUGAGAAAGUGGACAUCGAGGCUGCCAAGAAAAGGCCAAGACCUGAAUGGGUCAAACAGCGUGACUUGAAGGAGGCAGAAGAGGUGAGAAUGCGGAAGGAAGCCAUUGAGCAGAGUCGCCGUGGUGGUGUGAGUGGUGGCAUGAUGCCACGAUAGCCGGUGGCGCCGAUGAGGGCCGUUGCGGGUGCACCGUUGUGCACCCAACGGUGCACGGGGGGCUUGUUGCUAAAGUCGUCC